GCCGGCUUUUUUUCAGGCUCCUUCCCUGCUGCCGGUCACAAUGUACCACCAGCCACCCAUCAGUCUCACAGACUGUGUGACUCAACGCUGGAUCAGUUGAGGAGGGUGAUGCUCAGAAUCACAUGACCAGCGCCAGGAUCACUAUACAGCAGCUGCUUGGAGGUGGCGAGCCCACACUAUGGAGCAUCCCAGCCGCUGCGUUCUGUGACUACACAGCCUCAGCCACAUUCCACAGGGACAAUACUCGAAACGCACAGGUUAUGCCACCCCACAGGUUUACUGGAAACCCAACAGUGAAAGAGAAGGGCUGAUCCCUCCCUCCCCCCACCUUGCACUUUCUGUGGUGUUCUCUGUCAAGCAUGGCAGCUGGCGGCGACGGGAGCACUGUGUUCAUCAACCUGCAUCAGGUUCUCACUGACAUUGAGAAACACUCCCCGAAUGGACAAGAGGAAGAAGACUGGGAGAAAGCCCUUUCAGUGGAGAGAUUUGGAGAUCUCAUUUCUGAAACUUCCUCCCGCGACGCUGAGAAAACGGGACACAGCUACAGUGAGAGGGACUGUGAAACCUCUUCCCAACACACUGAGAAAACGGGGCGCAGCUACAAUGAGAGGGACUUUGAGUAUCACCGGCACUCCUCCCAUCACACUCACCACCCUCUGUCCACCCACCUCCCCCCCACCAUGAGGUUCUGCAAGAGGGUGUUUCACAUCGACCGCCGCAAGAAGAAGAAGCGCAAGAAAAAGAAGACGUCCGUCCCACCCUCCAACGUCACGCCAACCAUCCAGGAAGUAGAUGAGGAAGAGGAGGAGUCUGAUGCAGAGGGGCGGAGCCAGAGUGCCAUGCCAACUCCACCCCUAGACGACAAACAAAAAUUCAGCAUUGGGGGUGAAGAAGACCUCACCCAGCCUUUGCCCUUCCAGAACUUCUACGUGGAGAAUGAGUGCACCCCCACCCCCGAGUCUCCCCCCUCCACCAGCACCCCUGUUAUGGAGCAGGACCCCUCGGGCCGGGGCGAGACUUUGAGCCGGUUCUCACAGCUUCCCCCGGGCACUCUUGACUUGCCCUUGAGGGGGUGGUUUAAAAGGAAACCUUUUCACAGACUGACAGGGGGCCAGAGAGCCAGCUACGAUCUGCGUGAGAGGAUCUGCAUCGGAAGUAUGACUGCCAUGGAGACGGCCAUUUAUCACAAAGUGCCCACAGACGAGGCUGAAGCACGGAUGCUGGCCAGUGCAGAUCUGGAUGGCAUGAAAAGUCAUAGGUUUGAGGACAACCCCGGGGUGCGGCGGCACUUGGUGAAGAAGCCGUCCCGCAGCCAGUUAACCCGAGCCAACCGAAAAACUUCGCCGCCCUCCUCAACCCUCAAAAAGAAGAAGACAGACAGGAAGCCCCAUGAGGUGUUUGUGGAGCUGAAUGAGCUGAUUGUGGAUAAGAACCAGGACAUGCGCUGGAAGGAGACAGCGCGCUGGAUCAAGUUUGAGGAGAAUGUAGAAGAGGAGACCGAUCGCUGGGGCAAACCCCAUGUAGCCUCCCUCACCUUUCGGAGUCUGCUGGAGCUCCGGAGAACCAUCACACAUGGGGCGGUCCUCCUUGACCUGGAGCAGACCACGCUGCCUGGGAUCGCUCACCUCGUGGUGGAGACCAUGAUCAUCUCAGACCAGAUCAAAGCAGAGGACCGGGCCAAUGUGCUGAGAGCCCUGCUGCUCAAACACAGACUCCCUCAAACCAGUAUCCUAGCAGCGCUUCUGGACUUACCUGUAAAGUCAGAAUGGUAUCAACUUCAAAAACUAACAUCCCCUAUCUUGCAUGUUUCUCCUGAAAAGAAAGAGACAUUGCAGAAGAGGAUGUGGACAAUCCACCCCAAUGAUGAGAAAGAUGUGUUCUUCCCACGGAACCCCUCUGCCUCUAGCGUGGGUUCGGUGAUGGCCAGUCACCACCACAACCACAACCACACCACAGACACGUGUCUCCCCCCAGUGGGAGAGGAGAAAAUUGAACUGCAUGACACCAAAUCCCAGGGUUCAGAGAAAUCUGUGCACCAUCACAAUGGGGAGGGGCAUCGGAACAAAUCAGUGAAACUCCUGGAGAAGAUUCCUGAGGGGGCUGAAGCUACUGUAGUUUUAGUUGGCUGUGUGGAAUUUCUGGAGCAGCCAGCCAUGGCAUUUGUCCGACUGAACGAGGCGAUACUCCUUGAAUCCGUCCUGGAGGUUCCAGUCCCUGUCCGCUUCCUCUUUGUGCUGCUGGGGCCGAGCCAGUCCAACAUCGACUACCAUGAAAUCGGACGAUCCAUCUCCACUCUAAUGUCUGACAAGCACUUCCACGAGGCAGCGUACUCCGCCGACGAUCGGCAGGACCUCCUGAACGCCAUCAACGAGUUCCUGGACUGCAGCAUUGUCAUCCCUCCUUCAGAGGUGGAGGGCAAGGACCUGCUCAAGUCAGUCGCCUCCUUCCAGAAACAGAUGCUGCGCAAGAGGAAAGAGAGGGAUAACAAGAAGUCCGGGAAUGUGGGAACUGUCCCCGAGGCGAAAGAAGAAAACGAGGAGGAGCGACGGGGGGAGGUAGAGGACGACCCCCUGAAGCGCACGGGGAUCCCGUUCGGGGGGCUGGUGAAGGAUAUCAAACGGCGCUACCCACAGUACCUAAGUGACCUGCGAGACGUGCUUCACACACAGUGUCUGGCUGCCAUCGUCUUCAUCUACUUCGCUGCUCUCUCGCCUGCCAUCACUUUCGGAGGGCUGCUGGGGGAAAAGACCGAAGGGAUGAUGGGUGUCUCAGAGUUGAUCAUCGCCACCUCAGCUCUGGGGGUGCUGUUCUCACUUCUCGCGGGCCAGCCUAUGCUCAUUAUCGGCUUCUCGGGACCCCUCCUGGUCUUUGAGGAGGCUUUCUAUAAGUUCUGCCAGGCCCAUGAGUUUGAGUACCUGACAGGCCGGGUUUGGAUCGGUUUCUGGUUGAUGAUCAUUGUGUUCAUUAUGGUGGCAGCGGAGGGGAGUUACCUCGUGCGCUACAUCUCACCCUUCACGCAGGAGAUCUUUGCCUUCCUCAUCUCCCUCAUCUUCAUCUACGAAACAUUCUACAAGCUCUUUAAGGUGUUUUAUGAUCACCCUUUGCUGAAGUAUUACCCGCCCAACACGGAGCCAGGCCUGGGAUACAUCAAUUUGUCUGAGGUGGCCAAGACCACGGAGUCAUCAGUGGGCAUGCAGCCCAACACAGCCCUGCUCUCCAUGGUGCUCAUGCUGGGAACCUUCUUCAUUGCCUUCUUCUUGAGGAAAUUCAGGAACAGCAGGUUCCUGGGAGGCAAGGCCAGGAGAAUAAUUGGAGACUUUGGAAUUCCUAUUUCAAUACUCCUGACAGUAUUUAUUGACUAUGCCUUUACAGAUACCUACACACAGAAGCUGAAUGUUCCCUCUGGAUUCUCUGUUACGUCUCCCCUGAAGCGAGGCUGGUUUAUCCAUCCUUUAGGAGAUAAGCAGCCUUUCCCUAUCUGGAUGAUGUUUGCAUCUGCAAUUCCAGCCCUACUGGUGUUCAUUCUCAUCUUCAUGGAAAGCCAGAUUACCACCCUGAUAGUGAGUAAGAAGGAGCGGCGACUGGCCAAAGGGUCUGGGUUCCACCUGGACUUGCUCCUGAUCGUGACCCUGGGGGGGUUGUGCCCCCUCUUCGGCCUGCCCUGGCUGACUGCAGCUACUGUUCGCUCGGUCACCCAUGUUAACGCCCUGACCGUGAUGAGCAAGGCCACAGCUCCUGGAGAGAAGCCCAAGAUCAGGGAGGUCAAGGAGCAGAGAGUCACCGCCAUGAUGGUCGCUGUGCUUGUGGGUCUCUCAAUUGUCAUGGCUGAUAUUCUGCGUCUGAUUCCCCUGGCGGUCCUGUUUGGGAUUUUCCUUUAUAUGGGGAUCACCUCCCUCACUGGGAUCCAACUGUACGAGCGACUGCUUCUCCUGGUCACUCCGUCAAAGCACCAUCCAGACCACGUCUAUGUCACCAAGGUGAAGACUUGGCGAAUGAACAUGUUUACCUGUAUCCAGCUGGGCUGUAUCGUGGUUCUAUGGGUAGUGAAAUCCACUGUGGCUUCCCUGGCCUUUCCCUUCGUCCUCAUCAUGACCGUCCCUCUCCGGCGCUUCAUCCUCACUCGAAUCUUCGAGGACAGGGAGCUGAAAGCUCUGGAUUCUGACGAUGGCUUUCCGAAUUUCGAUGAAGAUGGUCAGGAUGAAUACAAUGAGCUCCACAUGCCUGUAUAGACAAGGUGUGGGAAGCCACAGUGGAGAUGCACUGAAGCCAAGGAAGAGCAACGAACAAGAUAAAAGAGUCUGUGUGUGUGUGUGUGUGUGCGUGUGUGUGAGAGAGUGUGUGUGAGAGAGUCUGUAUGGGCAGGGAGGUAAGAUAAUGUUUAUGACCAUGAAGCGAAUAUACAUACAUUUUGUAUUUUACAAAGGGAGACAGAAAGAGGGAAUUAGAGGGAGAGCAGGUAAAGUGACUGAAGAUAUAUUUUUUAAUCGAAACCCUGGUCCCUCUAUAUUAGCUCUGACAACUCAUUAGGACAUUGGGCUCAGGUCCAAUGAAGGCAAUUGGGUGUACGCAGAGGGCCUGUAAAACCAUCCAGUAGGAGUCUCUUUUGAGCAAAGAGAUUUCUGCGUGACAGAUUGUAGAGGAUCCUCGCUGGAAAAACUCUCAAACAGCAGAGUUUGUACUAUAAUUUAUGUCUUAUAUGUGUUGCCAACAGAGUAAUAUAUAUAUAUAUAU